CACAAGCUGUUGAAAUAGUAAAAGCCUCUCUCCGACGAUCUUUAUCACCCAGAGCAACCAGACAGACACUGACGCCAUUGCAGUGCACAGGAGAACCCUACCCUGGAUGAAGCUACAUCAACAGACCAUGCUACAUAGGAAUAUACCUUCUCCUCAACAAAACAACACCCUCCACUGAACUGAGAGUCGGUUUUUCCUUGCAAUUCUCCCCAGAAUUAUUCUAUUUUCUCAUUCUAGGACAGCAUUGCUCCUCUCCUCAGCGACUACCCUCGGAGCGGACACUCCCACAACACACCAGGACACCCCAGUCUGACCAAACAAAAGUUGUGGAAACCUAUCAACUUUGGAGAGAAGCCUAUCUAUACGGGCGGAUUUACGGUGACCUUCCAGUGCAGAGAGAGAGCGAAAGAAAGGGGGGGAUAUUUUUGUCUCUGCUGGUGGGUCUGUGAAAGUCUGUCAAGACGCCGCGUGCCGUGCUCCGCGUGAAGAAUGCCCAGGCGAGGAUGGCCAAGCCAGCUGAACCGGCGCCCACACCGGGGCUCUACAUGGAGCGCUCGCAGAGUCGGAUCAGCCUGUCGGCCUCCUUCGAGGCCCUGGCCAUCUACUUCCCCUGUAUGAACUCUUUUGAUGAGGACGAUGUCGAUGCUGAGGGUAGGAGGCUAAAGGGGAUCCAGAGGAGCACUGAGACAGGACUGGCUGUAGAGAUGCCCAGCCGCACUGUACGCCAGGCCAGCCACGAGUCCAUUGAAGACAGCAUGAACAGCUACGGCUCAGAGGGCAAUCUGAAUUACAGUGGGAUGUGCCUGGCCUCUGACGCGCAAUUCAGUGACUUCCUGGAUGGGAUGGGCCCUGCACAGUUUGUUGGGCGACAGACACUAGCCACAACAUCAUUGGGUGAUGUUGAAAUAGGCCUGCUGGAGAGAAAUGGCGGUUUGGAGGUGGAGAUCAUGCAGGCCAGAGGACUCACACAGAAACCUGGAUCCAAAGGACCUCCAGCGGCUUACAUUAAAGUGUACCUACUUGAAAAGGGGGUCUGUGUUGCAAAAAAGAAGACAAAGUCGGUUAGGAAAUCCCUGGACCCUCUGUAUAACCAAGUGCUGGUGUUCUCGGAGAGUCCACAGGGAAAAGUCGUUCAGGUGAUUGUUUGGGGAAACUACGGACACAUGGAUCGUAAAUGCUUCAUGGGUGUUGCCCGCAUCUUAUUGGAGGAGCUGGAUUUGACGAGCAUGGUAAUUGGCUGGUACAAGCUUUUCCCCACCUCAUCCAUGGUGGACCCCACGAUGGCCCCGUUGAUCCAGCACUCUUCCCAGCUGUCCUUGGAGAGCACCGUGGGCCCAUCCUUUGAGCGCUCUUAAGAACUUUGCUCACUGGCUCUUUUUGAAUAUACCCUUCUCUUUGUGUGCCCCCCAAAAGGAAGUUACCACCCCUUCAGAGGGACAUAUACUGACCAUAGUGUACUGCUCUGAGAUGGUGAGUGACACUGGCCUUGCACUGUUUUUCAGAAAUCCUUUUUUUUAACAGCAGAUAAAGGGGCACCAAAGGUCUAGAAAGACAUUGAGAAUAGGAUUUCCUUGUUCCUACUCUUGACUUGGGCUUUUUUUUUUCAUGGCCCCAGAUGUAUAAUAUGUCAAUGAGUGUCAUGGGAGCAAGCGAGAGGUUCGUAACUCUCCUCUGGGGAGAUUUCCAUCCUGUGUUCUGGUGGCAGCCAUUGGGUCUGAAGCUGAAGGUUGCAACACAGCGGGGAAUGUGCAAUAUCAUGGUUAUACUGUAGCUGGUAUAGGAGCAAACAAGCCAACACAAGUUCUAGACAUCCACCACCAAUGGAAGCAGAUUCUCUCUAUGAUGAAAUAAUUUGUGAAGCCAGGCUGAGAAUUCGGAUUUGAAUCGAGCUUAAGUGUUGUUUGAAUAGACUUAAAGUUGUCUUUGAAGCUUGGCUAAUAUUCUAACAGUUUCAACUGUGCCAAUUUACCAGCAAGUGUCUUGCAUUUGUGGCUUGUGCCAUUGUUCACUGAAAAAGGGUAAUUUUGGAACGAAAACAUCUGAUUACAGCUCGUGACAGGGGCACUGAAGCUUCAGUUAGAGCUGUCCUUUUAAAAUUACAAUCGUCAUUAUUACACUGUCAACGCAGGUAGUGAUUAACACAACUCCACAAGUGAAGCAGUGAGGAAAGCUUGAAAUAUAUUUUUUAAUCAUCAAUAAAGGUCUGAGAGGAAAUAUGACAGAUAUAUAAUUACAUCAAAUGAAUUUACUGAACAUUGUAGAGCUGUAGGGUAUUGAGAAUAACAUGUCUUUUAUUUGGGCACUUUAUUAUAGAUGUUUUUCUAUGAAUGUUAGUCUUGAGUGAGCCAAAGUGUGUUUUAUUAUUUAUUUGAUUCAUGUUCAAAGGGCAGAGACGCAGAACUUGGUAGCACAGUAAGGUUGUAGCAUUAGGUGGUAGCAUCUGCAUGACAGAAUACCGUAUUAGCUUAUCACAAAAUAAUAAUAUUAAGCAUGAGAUAUUACAAGGGAAAGUGAAACAACACAAGUUGGUUAAAACUAAAGUGUACAUCGAUUGAGAAGCUAAAAGACAAAACACACACAGCGCCAACAAACAGUUAAAAGGCACUGUGGUGAUUCAACAUGUAGAAUGGUUGGGAAAUAAACAGAAAAUGAUGGCCAAUGUUCUGGUCAGAGGGGAUAGGAUGGACACCCACUGCUUUUAACCAUUCACUGGCACAGUGUGUAUUGUCCUUAACAUGUAGCAGUUAAGUUCAGAUGUAUAAAGAUAAUUGCAAUACUGACUUGUGUGCUACUGUGGAAAACAGAAUAGCUGUAUUAAAUAUUAAGAAACAAGUGUAUUUGGUCCGUUUAAGUACUAUACAGCACACAUUGUUAUCUUUUUUGACAACAGAAAACUUCCAAUGCUGUGCAAAAACUCUAAACCACACCUGACAAAUCAAACGUGUCAAAAACAUAUGUCAAAUAUUUCCAAAUACUAAAUUUAGCUUGGAGCUUGCACUUCUGGGACGAUUCCAUUGGUUUCAUUGUACAUGCAAACUAAAUCAAGCACAGCUCAAGUAUUUUAAAGUUUUUGACAAAAGUUUUUGACCUGGAUCUAGCUAAAAUAAGCAUACAUGUUGUGUAUAAUGUAUUAAGUCAACAUUGUAAUGGAAUGUAAAAAUAUAUAUAUAGAGAGAGAGAGACAGCAUUUUGAAAAUGCUAAAUUAACUUGAAGACUAAAUUCAAGUCUUAAGAUGAACAUUAAAUUGUAGACGCAGCAUCAAAGUGGUAAAGAUUAGAGCUCACUAGAGCAAGUAGCACUAGUACAGGAAUAUGCUACCAAGACUUACUGUUUUGAAACAUUUAUUUUUUCAUUCAAUAUCUUCAUUUUGUAAAGCAAUAAGUAGCAGCACCCAUCCAAAACAAUCCACAACAAACCUCCAUGUUUUUGUCCCUCGAAGUGUGAUGUACAGUGAGGGAAAACAAGUAUUUGAUCCCCUGCUGAUUUUGUAAGUUUGCCCACUGAC